AUGCUGGCGCGCGCCGCCUGAGGACGCCGCACCCCCCGCCCCCGCGAUGGGCGCCCCGGCUCGCGUCCUCGCGUUUUGCGUGGCAGUGGCGGUCAUGACCGGCGCCGUCCUCGGUUCCCCGGGCGUGGAGCCCCGCGUCGCGCGGAGAGCGGCAGAGGUCCCAGGCCCCGAGCCCAGCCCACAGGAGCGGGCCUUUGGCAGUGGGGACACUGUGGAGCUGAGCUGCCGCUUGCCGGCGGGGGCGCCCACGGAGCCCACCAUCUGGGUGAAGGACGGCGUGGGCCUGGCACCCUCGGGCCGCGUCCUGGUGGGGCCGCAGCGGCUACAGGUGAUCAACGCCUCCCACGAGGACGCCGGGGCCUACAGCUGCCGCCAGCGCCUCUCCCAGCGGGUGCUGUGCCUCUUCAACGUGCGCGUGACAGACGCCCCGUCCUCGGGGGACGACGAAGAUGAGGACGACGAGGCCGAGGACACAGCAGGGGCCCCUUACUGGACGCGGCCCGAGCGGAUGGACAAGAAGCUGCUAGCGGUGCCGGCCGCCAACACAGUUCGCUUCCGCUGCCCGGCUGCCGGCAACCCCAUGCCGUCCAUCACCUGGCUGAAGAACGGCAAGGAGUUCCGGGGCGAGCACCGCAUCGGGGGCAUCAAGCUGCGGCACCAGCAGUGGAGCCUGGUCAUGGAGAGCGUGGUGCCCUCGGACCGCGGCAACUACACGUGCGUCGUGGAGAACAAGUUCGGCAGAAUCCAGCAGACCUACACCCUGGACGUGCUGGAGCGCUCUCCGCACCGCCCCAUCCUACAGGCGGGGCUGCCUGCCAACCAGACCGCCGUGCUGGGCAGCGACGUGGAGUUCCACUGCAAGGUCUACAGCGACGCCCAGCCCCACAUCCAGUGGCUGAAGCACGUGGAGGUGAACGGCAGCAAGGUGGGGCCCGACGGCACGCCCUACGUCACCGUGCUCAAGUCGUGGAUCAGUGAGAGUGCGGAGGCCGACGCGCGCCUCCGCCUGGCCAAUGUGUCCGAGCGUGACGGGGGCGAGUACCUCUGUCGAGCCUCCAAUUUCAUAGGCGUGGCUGAGAAGGCCUUUUGGCUGCGUGUUCACGGGCCCCCAGCAGCCGAGGAGGAGCUGGUGGAGGCCGGUGAGGCUGGCGGUGUGUUUGCGGGCGUCCUCAGCUAUGGGCUGGGCUUCCUCCUCUUCAUCCUGGCCGUGGCCGCCGUGACGCUCUACCGCCUGAGGAGCCCACCCAAGAAGGGCCUGGGCUCGCCCGCAGUGCACAAGGUCUCCCGCUUCCCGCUCAAGCGACAGGUAACAGUGUCCUUGGAGUCCAGUUCGUCUAUGAGCUCCAACACGCCGCUGGUGCGCAUCGCCCGGCUGUCUUCGGGCGAGGGCCCCACCCUGGCCAACGUCUCUGAGCUCGAGCUGCCCGCCGACCCCAAGUGGGAGCUGUCCCGGGCCCGGCUGACCCUGGGCAAGCCUCUCGGGGAGGGCUGCUUCGGCCAGGUGGUCAUGGCAGAGGCCAUUGGCAUCGACAAGGACCGAGCUGCCAAGCCCGUCACGGUGGCGGUGAAGAUGCUGAAAGAUGAUGCCACGGAUAAGGACUUAUCGGACCUGGUGUCCGAGAUGGAGAUGAUGAAGAUGAUUGGAAAACACAAGAACAUUAUCAACCUGCUGGGCGCCUGCACGCAGGGCGGGCCCCUUUACGUGCUGGUGGAGUACGCGGCCAAAGGCAACCUGCGGGAAUACCUAAGGGCGCGGCGGCCCCCGGGCACUGACUACUCCUUCGACACCUGCCGGCUGCCCGAGGAGCAGCUGACCUUCAAAGACCUGGUGUCCUGCGCCUACCAGGUGGCGCGGGGCAUGGAGUACCUGGCCUCGCAGAAGUGCAUCCAUAGGGACCUGGCGGCCCGCAACGUGCUGGUGACCGAGGACAACGUGAUGAAAAUCGCCGACUUCGGCCUGGCCCGUGACGUGCACAACCUCGACUACUACAAGAAGACCACCAACGGCCGCCUGCCCGUGAAGUGGAUGGCACCCGAGGCCUUGUUUGACCGCGUCUACACCCACCAAAGUGACGUCUGGUCCUUCGGGGUCCUGCUCUGGGAGAUCUUCACGCUGGGGGGCUCGCCGUACCCCGGCAUCCCCGUGGAGGAGCUCUUCAAGCUGCUGAAGGAAGGACACCGCAUGGACAAGCCGGCCAACUGCACGCAUGAUCUGUACAUGAUCAUGCGUGAAUGCUGGCACGCCGCGCCCUCGCAGAGGCCCACUUUCAAGCAGCUGGUGGAGGACCUGGACCGCGUUCUCACCGUGACGUCCACCGACGAGUACCUGGACCUGUCAGUGCCCUUCGAGCAGUACUCGCCAGGCGGCCAGGACACCCCCAGCUCUGGCUCCUCGGGAGAUGACUCCGUGUUCGCUCACGACCUGCUGCCCCCGGCCCCACCCGGCAGCGGGGGCUCGCGGACGUGAAGGGCCGCGGCCAGCCGGCCAAGCCCCCAUCAAUGUGAGAACAGACCCCAGCUGCCGCUGGCGUGCCGUGAUCACUGGGUCCCACUGGGUCCCGCCGGCCCGGGGCCCAAGACCUGGAACGGGUGGACGGAUGCACAGACAACGUCACGUGUGUGUGUGUGGGCGUGCGUGCACACACGCAUGUGCUCUGGGGUCCCUGGGGUGUUCGCCCUGCUGUACGGUGACCUCCUGGCCACCUGGACGGGCAGCACCAGGGGACCAAACGUAGAAUGUAAGGGGCUCCUCCCAUGGGACCCCUCAGGACAGGCGCUGGGCCCCUCCCCGAGCUCCCUGCCCCUCCCGCAGUCCCCCACAGGGAGCCCCGGGGGGCUGGCCAGGCUCCGGUGUCCAGAGCGGGUCGAGGCCCCUCCAAGUGCCCAAGCUGAGCCUACAGGGAAGCCCCAAUGUGGCGCACCUCCCCCCCAAGUGGCACCUUCUGCCUGGGGUGUUAGCAGCCCCCCACCUCCAGGCCUCCCCACUCCCCACCCCGCCCCCCCAGAGACUGAAAUUACGGGUACCUGAAGGCGGGAGCCUUUAACUUCUAUCUGAAAGGUUUAUUCCAGAAAUGAGUGUACAUUUAUAUAAAUAGAUGCUGUGUAUAUGAUAUACACAUACAUAUAUAUAUAAAUAUCUAUAUGGGAAAAGGCAGGCCGGUACAACUGAGGCUCGGGACCCUGAGCGGGCAGGGGGCAGGGGCAGGGGGCCGGGGCCCCUCAGCCAGGGGAGGCCCCCCCGGGACUCGCUGUUGAGAAACCAUGGAGUAGGGAGGGGCUUUUCUGUCCUUGGACCUGUAUAUUUGUAAAGCUAUUUAUCGACACCCAGAGCCGUGUCCCGUCGCUCCCCAGGGCCCUAGUGUUUAGCCAGGUGCAUGGCAGAGGUUUAAGUUUUAACUUAUUAACAGUGAAAAGGUUUAUGCUUCGUUUAGGGGAUUGCUGAGGGUGCCUCCAAGCCCGCACCCCAAGGCUGGAGCCAACCCCUGGGCACCCUGAAGAGUCAUUAAUAGUUUGAGAUGAUUCCAUGAGGAUAUUUUAUUCCCUUUGGCCUUCUUUUGCAGGAGAAGUAGAUUUCUAUAGGAUUUUUCUCUAGGAGAUUUAUUUUUUUAGACUUCAAAGCAAGCUGGUAUUUUCAUACAAUUUCUUCUAAUUGCCAUGUGUUCCAGGCAGGGAGGCAAUUUCAGGGGGGGCCACCCCUGCAUGCAGGUUCAGAUGUUAUUAGAUGUUACAAGUUUAUAUAUAUCUAUAUAUAUAAUUUAUUGAGUUUUUACAAGAUGUAUUUGCUGUAGAUUUAACACUUCUUACGCAAUGCUUCUAGACUUUUAUAGCCCGGACUGCUACCUUUCAAAGCUUGGGAGAGAAAGCCACAGAUUCAGUUUUGUUACUUUUUGUACUGUUAACGGCCCUGAGUUUGGGCGGCUGUUCUCUGCUUGUCAGCAGGCUCAGGGUGGUCUCUGUUCUCAGGGACCCCAGCCUUGUGGGGGCCAAACCGGCAGAUGUGCUUUCCAAAAAAUAAACAGACACCUGGUUCAGA